UCACAUCAGCAGUUCCUCGUAGGCCUACCGGAUAUGUAGCCUAGUUGUUGACAUCAUCCCCACUUAACAAAAGGCCUAAGAUAAGUAGCCCAUUGUUUUUUAUCAUUGCCUAUAUGUUAGGCUACUCUGGUGGACCUAUUGAGUUUAAUAUGAAAAUAGUCAAAUGCCUAGGCUAGGCUAGGCCCACAUUAAGCUACUUGAAGUUACAGCCUAGCCAAUCUGAGUGUGGCACAAGCCUAUUUGUCUAAAUAAGGCAGACAUGCGAAAGGAUUGCUUCGUUUGGGUGUGGCUGCGUCUACAUUUCCUGAGAACAAACAAUUUAGGCUAGGCUACUACAAAAUUAACUUGUCGGAAGGAAGAUGCUUUCCUGAGAACUUUUUGAAACUAUCUUAAAAAGUUUUAGCUAAUCUUGUCAUCUUUUUCAGUGCCUAUAAGGGCCUAUCCAAGCAAAUAACAGCAUUAAGCCUACAAUGCUACGUGGUAAUAUAAUAGAUUUUAGAUUAGGGUCUAUCCAACUAUUAGGCUAUAAUUUUCUGUCUUAAACUGUUUUAGGUUUAAUGCUUAUAGGCUACUUCAAAACCAAGUCUAAGGUUUGUUAGUUAAAUCACUCAUUAGACGAGCCUACAGCCCGCAUCAGGAAAGGCUGAUUCUUGCUUGAAUUAUUGCCGCCCCUAGACCUGCCUCACACAACAUCUGCCACAUGCGCUCUUCGGCGCAUGCACGCGCUUUGGGCUUCAGGACCAUGUGGAGGACCGUCCCUCAUCCAUAAGGGAAAGGAGGGAGUCGGGAUGUGCUGUCAUGUUCCUUAAAUAACCGAUCGUCAAAAACUUCUGCGUCUGCGGAGUUUAGAUUGUCCCGUGUGUGGAUGUGUUAGACUAGAUUAAACUGAUAGAAAUCUGCCAUUUUUCUAGAAGGACGCUUUGUUUAAAAUUCUUCGCCUCAGAUGAGAUAGAAACGUUCUUCAAUCAAUUCUGCCUGACUCAGAGAUGGGAACCCAUGCCUGGCCUUGAGGCUGGUGCUAAGGAGUCCGUGCCUGGCAUUGAGACGGGAGCCAAACUGGGCGCCAUGAACCCUGGCGUGGAGGAGCCACAUGCCUCUCUCAUCUCCAUGGUGAUCAUGGGCACGGUGAUGCUCCUCUUCCUCCUCAGCGUUACCUGCUGCUGUUUCUACAUGAGCAAACUGAGACAUCGGGCCCAAGCUCAAAGCAUCGGAUACAAGGUUGUGUUUGAAGAUGAGUCCGCUGAAUUAAAUUUGCACGAGAAGGAAAUGUGUGUGGUGUGUUUGGAGGAUUUCAGGAUAAAAGACGAGCUUGGUGUGUUGCCAUGUCAACACACAUUUCACAAAAGGUGUCUAGGGAAAUGGCUCCAGGUGAGGGGUGUGUGCCCUAUGUGUAAUUACCUCAUCAACAGCCCCUUAGAGCAACGGCACAGUCUGACGACUCUGCUGGAUGAAAUGGUAUAGCAGCCAGACUCAGGAUCCAUCACAUAUGAAACGACAGUGUGGAACUUAGAUGGUAAAUGGAAGUCCGGAGCCUAAAUCACUAUAUUUGAGUCACAUAUGGACUACAGUAAUCAAUGGUAUGCUUCAGGAUCUACUGUUUGAAGUAUAUCAAACAGCCACCCACCAACCAACCACACUCUCCAGGGACGUCAGCCAGCUGGUAUAGCAUACCUGCCAGUUAUACUCCACUAUACCACAUUCAGUGGUAUAGCAGGCAUAAGCAUGUACUUGUAACAGUGAACAUCCACUGCUCAAUUAACUGUUAUAGCGGACACACAACAGCCGCUAUCCUCAGGAUCUACGGCUAUAUACAUAAAGCAGACAGCUGUAUCUAUAAGUAGCUCUUCGAUAUCCACAGCUGGAGGGGAUAGCAGAAAGCUACCAUCUUAAACCAUGCUUCUUACUCAAGCUGUCGACUACACUCCUCUGGAAUCCUGCAGAACCAAUGGACUAAUAUCAGUGACAUUCCCAAGGAUUCAACAUUGUGGACAAAUGUAAAUAGUUGCAAUGCUGCUUGGGGGAGUUCAGAUUAAAACACUGUUGCCACUUUUUUACACUCUCCACAAGUUUUAGGCUUUGGCUUGCCUUUUUAGCAUUUGAACUUGAAACUCAAGUCAAAUGGUUGUUUGUAGACAUUAUGGGCAACAACACAAGAUACUUCAGUCACUUAAAAGACUCUUGGUCAAUUAGCAGUAAUGGCUUUCCCAAAUGAUAGACCAAUACAAAAAAAACAAGCAAACAAAUAUAAUCCUAAAGACCAUUAAGUGCUUAUAAGUACCAUGCACAGCCUCUAGCCCCGUCUGCAGAGACAUGGAAGGGCCUCCUGUGUUUUACAUUAAACACCAUCAUUAGAAAAGAACUGAGAUCUGGUUUCUUAACAUUAAGCAGAUCUGCUGUUCCUCAGUGGGGAGAAAGUAGUUUUAAAUUCUUGCCGGUACUAUUACCACAACCCCCAUGGCUUCAUUUGAAAAGCUUUUUUCCAAAACAUUAUAUCCUCCAUUUUAAUAAAUCACUAUUUUUA